UAUUAUUUUUAUUGUUAUUUUAUUAAUUAUAGUUAUACUAUCAGUGGCUUUUUUAACAUUAUUAGAACGUAAAAUUUUAGGUUAUAUACAAGAUCGUAAAGGACCUAAUAAAUUGGGGUUGAUAGGGUAUCUUCAGCCUUUUAGUGAUGUUAUUAAGCUUUUAAAUAAAGAAAUAUUUAGUGUUGAAAAAGUAAGAUCUAAUUAUUAUUAUUUAAUAUCUAUAAUAAUUUUAUUAUUAUCUUUAAUAUUAUGAAUAUUAUUACCGUUUUAUAUUAAUUUAUAUACAAUGGAAUUAGGGAUUUUAUUAUUAUUAAGUUUGUUAGGGGUAGGAGUGUAUCCUAUUAUUUUAGGGGGUUGAUCUUCUAAUUCUAAUUAUUCAAUAUUAGGUUCAGUUCGUCUUAUUGCUCAAUCUAUUUCUUAUGAAGUUAGAUUAUUUUUAAUAAUUUUUGUUUUAAUAAUGUUAAUUGAAAGAUAUUCUUUAGUAAGAUUUAUAAAGUAUCAGCAUAGAGGGAAAUUUUUUAUUUUUAUAUUUCCUAUAUAUUUAAUAUUUUUUGUUAGGAUAUUAAUAGAGUUGAAUCGAACUCCUUUUGAUUUAGUAGAAGGAGAGUCUGAGUUAGUUUCAGGAUUUAAUACUGAAUAUUUUAGAAGAAGAUUUGCUUUAAUUUUUAUAGCAGAAUAUGCUAACAUUAUUUUUCGGGGAGUACUCCCCCGAAUUCGAUACGAUGAACUAAUGAUAUUAUGUUGGAAAAAAUUUUUAUCUAUUACUUUAAUAUAUUUAGUUGUUUUUAGUUUAUUAAAAUUUUUAACAUAAGCUAAUAGAAUAAUUAAUUCUAUGGUAUAUUUUCAAAAUAUAAGCUUAAGGGGGUCAAGCUCAUUAGCUUUAUUGAGU